AUGAUGUAUUGUGUUAACACACGAAAUGUCGCCAUUAGUGCAACGUGCUCAAACAUAAACAAAAAUCUAAAGAGUGCCGCUUCGAAUAGGAAAUCAAAUACAUCAAGCAAUUGUACACCCGAAAGCCUUUCACAAAUAAGAAUUAUGAAUAAACCUGUCGCAAAAUUGCGCUCGGCUCGUUCAACAGUUGCUGAAAAUAUCUCACCACAAGAAAAUAUUCAACAAGUGCUCACAUGCCGACCGCUAUCCUACCGGCGACCAAUGCCGACCACGCCGCUAUUAAAACAAGCGCAAAUGAUAGAGAAUGCAGUUGAUGAUGAACUUCUCGCUCAUUCGAUUCUCGUUGAUAAUGCUGCACGGCGACGCGGCUUCCUUCCAUACUAUUAUCGAACAGCAAACACAUUCGAAGUUAUCCGUCGUCAACGUACACAUUAUAAACCGUCAACAAAGUCUUCACCAACCUUUCUUCCAUUGUUUAAACGUUCGCCAACACGUUUAAGUACGAAUGAAAAUUCAACAAAUGUAACAACAACUAAACUGACUGAAUUAAAUCUAAUCAUGCAUGACAAAUCCAUGAGUAAAAAUUCGAAUUCAUUAUCAUUGAAUGAGAAGCAAGAUGCCGCUUAUCUUGACAAAGAAUUCAUCAGCGAAAUUCCGAAUACAUUAGAGUUAGUUCUGCAACAUUCGACCAGAAAAUCAAUUAUGGAAAGAAAUCUAUUCGAAACGUUGAAACGACAACGAUUGGAACAUAUGCGUUAUCGUACUUUACCAGUGAGCCGAGAAUAUAUUCUAUUGAAAACAUCGAUAAUAUCAAUGCCAAGCUCACAGAAGUUCAAAUGCAAUCAAUGUGGAAUGAAAUUUCCUUCGGAUGAUAAUUUAUAUCGACAUAAGAAACAGUUCUGUAUUGGGGUGAAAGAUUCCGGCAUAGGACGACUUCGAAUCGAGUCAGACAAUGAUGAAGCCGAUCAGAGUGACAAAUCUCGAAAUGAUAAACACACGAAACGAUCAACGAAGAAACGCAGAUCGUCUAUCGAACGGAAACGAGCCGAAGUCGAUGAGUGGAAACGACGACGUGCAUUGGUGCAACGCGCCGAAGAUAUGGAAUAUCGUAUUCUCAAUGAUCACUACAAAACUGAAAAGCUCACCGAUUCCCUUCGAAAACAAGAUCAUAUUUACAAUGAAGUCAUUCGCGAAUACGAACGAAUACAAAAGGAAGAACGAGAUGUUUUACGACAUAUGUAUACUUUACAAAGUCAAUCUCGAGGAUUGAAGAAUUCGGAUAGAAAAACCAAAUAUUCGUACGAAUCAACUGUGAAUGAUCAAUUCGAAGAAUUACAACGAAGAAACCGCCGGUUAGAACACGAACGUCGGCAUAUUCAAAAGAAACUCGAAGAAUUAAUUACUCUUCAUUAUCAGCCAGCACUCAUGGCGUCUUAUGAUCCAUACCGACUUCUUCGUGAGAUGAAGGACCAACAAAACCUGAAUGAGAAGGCAUUAGAAUAUUUGCGAGGACGGUAUUUCUAUUCACGAGAAACAUUGCCAAGUGGGAGUGAAUAUCUGUCAUUGCCAUAUAUUUCGAAUCGUUCACGACAUCGAGAUGGCGAAGAUGUCAGGAGUCUUCGUCAAGAUUAUAUGUAUACAGGUGGUCACGAUGCACGAACGAUUGCUCGUUAUAGCGAUUUGGAAUAUCGAGUAAGAUCUCGUGAAAAUUCGCCCUGGACGAAAGAAUAUCCUGAACCACUACGACAAGCUCGAUAUCAAACUGACCCACGAAUCGAUGUGGAAAUUGAACAAAUACGAUCAGCUACGGAAGAAAAUUCACGACUCAGGAAUGAACUUCAUGAAAUGUACAAAAAAUUCCAAGCGCUCGAUUCCCGUACGAAACAGCUAGAAGUAUCAUUAACAGCACGUGGACCAUCGAGUUACAUUGAACCACCAGGUCCUUAUCAACUACCGACAGCCUACUAUCCUCAAACACAAAGAGCACCCUAUUCCAAUCAUAACGAUCAUGUCUACCGACAACAAUAUCUGCCCCAAACCGAACCUUUUGCCUACUCACAACCGUCUCGAAUAAAUCAGAAUGGCCAAUAUGACCAAUAUCAAACACGUAAUCAAGCAACAGCAGCAGCAACAACCGUCUUACCAUACGUUGAUAAGAAUGCUGUAGCUCGUACCAGUCCUCCCAUGAGCUUCGUCGAUUCAAACGUAUAUCAAAUACGUGAUGCAUAUGUAUCAAAACCCUAUGAACCAACCAGUGGUUUCGUCAUAUUUUUUGAUUUUAUAUGCGAUGUUCCAACAGAUGUUGAGCAAAGUCGUCUGAUCACAUGUCUUCAUCAUCCUAAAUCAGGAUAUGGUCCACCAUCUAUCUUAGAACCGGUCAAAACUGAACAAUAUGUGGAUCCAAGAACGAAUGAUCAUUUGCGUGUUGCAAUAAUUUCAACUAAACAACCUGUAGCAAAAUGUCCAGCAGAGCAAGCUUUAACAGUCGUUAUCGAAGUCCAAAUUUCAUCGGACCGCCAAGCAGCGCUCGAGCAACUGAAAACGAAUGCUUACGUCAAACUACCAUUGUUCGAUAAUCAAAAUCGAUUAGCAAGUGGCCGAUGGAAAGUUCCAUUGAAAUCACAUCCACUUGACCCAACUGAAAGUCUCGCUAUCAUUAGUACACGCCCAUCGUACGAACGUGCGGAAUUAUACUAUCGAUUGGUCAAUUCGCUAGAUGGAGAUCAACAAGCAUCUGUUCCGCAUUCACCAAGCGAUCGAGGUCAAUAUCAAUAUCCUAUACAAUAUCGAAUAUGA